UAUAUGUUGCACGCAUCCAUAGCAGAAGACACAAGGAAGACAGAGUGCUCCAAAGAGAGAAGAAAGAAAACCCCACCAAAGUGUUUAUUUUUUUCCUAAACCAAAGCACAAGAAGGAGGAGGAGGAGAUGAUGCCAAAAAUGGGUUUGAGCUAUAUUACAAAAAUAUAGAGCCCUUGGUGCAGAAGAGAGAAGAGAGAAGAAGAGAGGAAAGGGAGGGGAGAGAGGAGGAAGCAAGUGGCAGUUUGAGAUGAAGGCCAUGCCCCUGCCCUUUGAGGAGUUUCAAGGGAAGGGGGUGUUAGAUUUCUCUACUGCUUCUUCAGAUUCACUGCCCCAGCACCACCAGCACCGUCAGCAUCAUCAUCAUCAUCAUCAACAUCAGCAUCAGCAUCAACAAAAGUGGCACAUCAACAAAGAAAAUUGCUAUGUGGGCACUGAGCCCACCUCAGUUCUUGACACUAGAAGAAGCCCAAGCCCUCCCACUUCAACAUCCACCCUGUCUUCCUCUCUCGGCCACGGCGGCGGCGGCGGCGGCGGCUCCACUGACACCACCACCACAAACAACAACAACAACACAACCGGCGUGGCGGCGGCGGCGGCAGCGUCAGCAACAGCAGCCUCAGCCUCAGCCUCCGUCGAGAACCCGCCCCACCACGCCGGCGUCGACAUAGGUGAAAAAUGUGGGCUGAGAAUGGAGGAUUGGGAGGGCGUGUUGUCUGAGUCCCCACCUGGCCACGAGCAGUCCAUUCUCCGGCUGAUUAUGGGGGAUAUUGAGGACCCAUCUAUGGGAUUCAACAACAUUGAAUUCAACGCUGGUUUCGGCAUCGUAGACCAAGCUACUAGCUUCGGUCUCGAACCCAUUUCCGCAGCAAAUUCCGUUCCCAACAUUGAUCCUUCUUUACCUCUGCCCUCUCCCGAUUUUCCCUUCGGCAAUGCAAGGUUUGGUUCGGUUUCCACUCCCAACCCGCACACCAACCAUUUGUUCUCCGUUCCAGCAAGCAAUCUUUUACCGGGCGUAUUCCAUCAACAACAGCUGCAAGCAAUGGAAGCCGUGGAUGAGAAGCCACAGAUUUUCAAUCCCCAGAUGAUAAUCAAUCAGAAUCAAGCUCAGUAUGCUCAAAACCCGGCUAUGUUUAUGCCUUUGACGUAUGCCCAGUUGCAAGAGCACCAACUUCUUUCACCGCCGCCGGCGAAAAGGCUCAAUCCCGGCGGUAUUGGUUCAAACUAUCCGGUCCCACCAUCUGGGCCAGACAUAAUUUUUCGGCGACAACCGAGUCAGAUGCUUCCUCAGCAACAGAGGCCAAUGAUGGCGGCGGCGAAGCAGAAGAUGGCGAGCGAUGAAUUGGCGAGCCAGCAACAGCAGCAGCAGCAGCACCUUCUUCAGCAGGCCAUAGUUGACCAGAUACUAAAGGCAGCAGAGCUGAUCGAAACAGGGAAUUCGAUACUCGCGCAAGGGAUAUUGGCGCGGCUCAAUCACCAGCUCUCUCCAAUCGGUAAGCCUUUCCAAAGGGCUGCUUUCUAUUUCAAGGAGGCCUUGCAAUUUCUCCUCCAUAUGAACACCACUGGUAAUCCUUUGCCUUUGUCACCACAACCACCACCGCCUAUUAGUCUCAUAUUGAAGAUUGGUGCUUACAAGUCUUUUUCCGAGGUCUCCCCUGUUCUUCAGUUUGCCAAUUUUACUUGUAACCAAGCCCUUCUUGAGGCCUUUGAAGGCUGUGAUAGAGUUCACAUUAUAGACUUUGAUAUUGGUUUUGGUGGGCAAUGGGCCUCUUUUAUGCAGGAGCUCGCCUUGAGAAAUGGCGGUGCUCCUGCUCUUAAAAUCACUGCAUUUGCAUCCCCAUCCACACACGAUGAACUCGAGCUCGGUUUCACUCUAGAAAAUCUGAAACAUUUUGCUUCUGAUAUUAACAUUGCAUUUGAGUUCGAAAUUGUGAACAUUGAACACUUGAACUCCAGUCCUUGGCCACUACCACUUCGUUUCUCGGAGACUGAAGCAAUUGCUGUGAAUUUGUCAAUUGUUUCCUUAUGGAAUUACCCUGUAUCCCUUCCUUCGGUCCUCCGUUUUAUAAAGCAGCUCUCCCCCAAAAUUGUUCUCUCUUUGGAUAGAGUCUGUGAUCGAACCGAUGCCCCAUUUCCCCACCACAUUAUUCAUGCCAUUCAAUCUUAUUCGGGCCUGCUCGAAUCACUGGAUGCUGUUAAUGUGAACCCUGAUGCCCUGCAAAAGAUAGAGAAGUUUUUGCUGCAGCCGGGCAUUGAGAAAAUUGUGCUGGGCCGCUACCGUCUGCUUGAUCGAACGCCUCCGUGGAAGAAUGUAUUUUUGUCAUCUGGGUUCUCCCCCUUGACAUUCAGUAACUUUACCGAGUCGCAAGCUGAGUGUCUGGUGCAGAGGACUCCGGUUCGGGGGUUCCACAUCGAGAAGAAACAGUCUUCGCUUGUUCUCUGCUGGCAGCGGAAGGAGCUCGUCUCGGCUUCAGCUUGGAGGUGCUGAGAGGAAGGAGGAGUAGCAUUUUGGAAAUGAUUCCCACCAAUUAAUUUUCAUUGCUAAGGUGCUUCAUAACUUACUGUUUUAGUUGAUCUUUUUUCAAAUUACCAAGUCUGUGGUUCUCCUUUGCUAAUUGUCUAUGAGCUUUAGGCCUAUUGUUCCCAAUCAAGAAACCAAAUAUUUUAGUAACUGGAUGGCUUUGUACAGUUGCUUAUGUUUAGUCUCUUACUUUGAAUAUUGGUAUUACUGUAAUGUUGUUUUUUCAUGUCUAAGGUGGUGGUGGUGGUUAUUGUUUGUUGUACACUUGACAACAAUGCAACCAAGUUAUCAAGUAAAAAGAAUUUAACCCUUCUGAUAUUAA